CCGAAGCUAUGUUUGCAGACCUUGGUCAUUUUACUGCUUUGUCAAUAAGGCUUGCGUUUGCUUUUGUUGUAUACCCAUGUUUGGUUGUACAAUACAUGGGUCAAGCUGCAUACUUGUCCAAAAACCCCGAUAAGAUUCAUUACAGCUUUUAUAAUUCAAUCCCUGAAUCUGUAUUUUGGCCGGUGUUUGUUGUUGCCACGCUAGCAGCUAUUGUUGGCAGCCAGGCUGUUAUAACUACUACGUUCUCCAUCAUCAAGCAAUGUCAUGCCCUUGGUUGCUUUCCAAGAGUCAAAGUUGUCCACACCUCAAAACACAUAUAUGGGCAGAUCUACAUUCCAGAAAUAAAUUGGAUACUCAUGAUCCUUACUCUUGCCAUAACCAUUGGAUUUCAGGAUACAAAUUUAAUUGGAAAUGCUUAUGGAUAA